AUGGAAACCAUCUACCCACCGUGUUCGCAAACGAUUGGAGUGAUCGCCAUCGGAACGAGAGGAGAUUUUCAACCUUUGCUGGCCUUUUGUUUAGACUUACAACAGCGAAUGAUCACAUCCAAUGCACAAGUCUAUCUCAUCGCUCCCGAAGUAUUCAGACAACAGUAUGAGAAAGCAGUUCAAUCUACCCGUUCAUCAUUACUUUUUAAGAGUUUGAAAGGAAAUCCUAAAGAAACCAUGCAAGAUCCACAAACACAAGAAGCACUGAGAACUGGAAAUUUUGCAACAGUCAUGCAACUAACAGCCAAACCAAAUGAAAUGCUAAUGAGCCAAUGCACUCAUGAUUUAUUUGAAAUUGCCAAAGAAACUCCAUUCAACACCUUGAUGUCCUCCUCUAUGGGAAUGCCCAUCGCUUGGAUGCUAAGCGAAAGGUAUGAAAUACCACUCGUGUAUAUUGGUCUCGUCCCAGAAGCACCCACAUCUGAUUUUCCAUUUUGUGUCCUGUCCCCUGUAAGCUUGGGAGACGAGGAGAAGAAUUUGGCGAGUUAUGAAUUGGUCUAUCAUGCAUCGUUCAAAAGAACAGAAGAAAUGGUCAAUCAACAACGACAAGAAUUGGGACUUGCCCAAAUGAAAGACGAGGGUUGGUUAAGCCUCAAAGAAAAGUAUAACAUGCCAAUAAUUUAUGCCUUCUCCGAUGUUGCUUUUGGUGGAAAGAAACCAAAAGGGUAUCGAGAGAAUAUUCAUUUGACUGGAUAUUUCGAACUCAAAUUGGAGGAUGAUCACUUAGAUUUGGAAAUUGAAAAUUUUCUUGCAAGUCCAAAACCAGAGCCAGUGUUCUUAUCGUUUGGUUCAAUGCCUGCAUUGAAUCCUUUCCAGUUAUUUGAAUUGACUCGUUCAGUAUUGAUGAGAAAUGAGAGAGUCAUUUUAUCAUGUGGUUGGACCGAUAUGGACAAGAUUAUGGAAGAUUUGAACAUGCACCACUUUGAGAUACUUUCCAAGUUUACUGAGGAAGAAAUCCAACACUAUACAGAAUUGUUGAACUCACUCAAACAAUAUAUUGCCAAUGAUCGUCUGUUAGUGAUUAAAGAUUGUCCUUAUUAUUUGCUCUUCCCUCGAUGUGCCUGUAUUGUUCAUCAUGGUGGAGCAGGAACAACUGGCACAGCUUUGAAAUCAGGAAAGCCUCAAGUGGUGAUUCCUGUCUUUAUGGAUCAACCAUUCUGGGCUCACAAAAUGUAUGAUUUGGGUGUUGCUUCGUAUCCAGUUCUGUUUAAAGACAUUACCAAUGAAAAGGUCAAUGAAGCGAUUGAUUGUGUUCUUCAUCAAGGAGAGAAGAGUGAAGAUAUCAAGAAAAAAGCCCUACUCAUUGCUCAACAACUACAGGCCAAUGAGCAUGAUUGUGAUCCCAUUUCACGUGCCAUUGAAUUGUGUUUGGAUUGUAUCAAGAAUCCUUUCAUUGUCCCAAGAAUUGAACAAUAA